AUGACGUCGCGUGAGAAGGAGAAGGGGAAGGAGAUGGCGACGGAGAAGCGAAAGAGCUCCAGUUCGAGUAAAACGCCCAUUAUAGCCGGCGCAGUCGCUGGUGUCGUUUCGCGCUUCUGCAUCGCGCCCCUCGACGUCGUCAAGAUCAGAUUACAGCUCCAACCCCGAUUACUCUCCCAAAGUACCACCCCAAUUCCCGCCACGGGUACAAUCUACAAUGGUAUUUACGAUACCAUGAGGACUAUUGUCAGAGAAGAGGGUGUAACCGCCCUCUGGAAAGGCAACAUCCCCGCCGAACUCCUCUACCUAACCUACGGCGCCGCCCAAUUCUUCUUCUACGCACAAACCCAAUCCUUCCUAUCCUCUUCACCAUUAACCUCUCAUCUCCCAACUACAAUGAUCAACACCUGUUCCGGCGGUAUUGCCGGCGGCAUAGCGACUUCGAUCACCUAUCCGUUCGAUUUACUACGUACCAGAUUCGCCGCUUCCAAGGGUACUACUGCUUCUACCACUACCAGCAGUAGUAGUAAUAAUAGUAAUACCGGAGGUAAUAGCGUAGGAAACAAAAGAGUCUACACUAGUCUCCGUAGCGCCAUAACCGGUAUCUACAAAGACGAAGGUAUCAGGGGAUUCUACAGAGGUGGCGCAGCAGCAAUUAUUCAAAUUGUUCCACAUAUGGGAUUAUUCUUCGGUUCUUACGAAGGUAUAAAAGCCGGGCUUUUACGUCUCCCAAAUCCUAUAACGUAUCUACCACCCUCAUUAUCAUCUUCAUCAUCAUCAUCAAAUAAUACUACUUCAAACAAUCAUCCGAUUUUACAGUCCCUGGCGGGCAUGGGAAGUGUUGAUGCCGUAUCCGGUGUUCUUGGUGGGGUUAUUGCCAAAACGGGGGUUUUUCCGUUGGAUACUAUUAGGAAGAGGUUGCAGGUUCAGGGACCUACGAGGACGGGGUAUGUUAAUGGGGAUAUUCCGGUUUAUGAGGGGGUUCUGAGGUGUGGGAGGGAGGUAGUGAGGAGGGAAGGGUGGAGAGGGUUGUAUAGAGGGUUGACGGUUAGUCUUGUUAAGGCGGCGCCGGCGAGUGCGGUUACUAUGUGGACUUAUGGCAGGGCGGUGGAGGUUGUUGGGUGGUUUGAGGAGAGGGAGUAG